AAAACCGUGGAGUUAUUGCCAACAAAACCCUAAUUCUUUUGUUUUCACAUACUCCCCAAACCCUAAAACAACACAAACCCAUUGCCUACCUUCCCCUUUCGUCUUUCAACCCUUGUUUUCCCAACAAGAACUAGAAACAACCUGUCGAUUUCUUCAUAUCAAUUUAGGGUUUCAAAAUGGUAGCCGAUAAGGGUAAGAAACCCAAAGUUGGAGACAAAAACGACCAGGAGAACGAUGAGCAAAUCGACGGCGAACUUGUUCUUACCAUCGAAAAGUUGCAGGAGAUCCAAGAUGAGCUCGAAAAGAUCAAUGAGAAGGCAAGUGAUGAGGUGUUGGAAGUGGAGCAGAAGUAUAACGAGGUUAGGAAGCCGGUUUACGAUAAAAGGAGUGAUAUCAUCAAAUCGAUUCCGGAUUUCUGGCUGACCGCCUUCUUGAGUCACCCUGUCCUUUCCGAUCUGCUCAAUGAAGAAGACCAAAAGAUCUUCAAGCAUUUAACCUCUAUUGAAGUAGAAGAUUUUAAAGAUAUGAAGUCUGGUUAUUCGAUCUCGUUUAACUUCAGUCCGAACCCGUAUUUUGAGGACACAAAGCUCACCAAGACUUUCACCUUCCUUGAUGAAGGAACCACAAAAAUUACUUCUACACCUAUUAAGUGGAAAGAGGGGAUGGGUGUUCCCAAUGGAGUUGCACAUGAGAAAAAUGGAAAUAAGAGGCCCCAUGAGGAGGACAGUUUUUUUGGCUGGUUCAGCGAAACCCAACAGAAAGAAGAAAUGGAGGAAAUUCAUGAUGAGGUUGCUGAAAUAAUCAAGGAGGACUUGUGGACUAAUCCGUUAACAUAUUUCAACAAUGAUGCUGACGAGGAAGAGUUUGAAGGUGAUGAAGAGGAGAAUGGCUCAGAAGACGAUGACGAAGAAGAUGAACAAGAGGAUGAAUGAGUUGGUGUAAAGUGGUUCGAAAAAUUCGCAGAAGGUAUCAGCUUUAGGGGUAUGUCGGCUAUCACUAAAAGGAUCGGUUCAUUGGUUUAUAGUUAGUUUACUGUGUUUCCUUUUUUUCCUUUCUACCCGAACUGCAAUUUGGAGUGUUUUAGGGAUGAAACGACUUUAUAAAGUAGCGGUCUUGGGUUAUUUAUUUAGAGCUCAUGUGCUUGUUUCUCA